UAGUGGCCAUUAUUUUAUGUCACGAAUAACUAACUAUUUUGAACCUAAAAAGGCUACAAUAAAAAGAGGCAUCAAAGACGAAAAAGAGGAUAUAAUUUGUAGUGCCUCUAAGAGACAAAAAUUUGAACAGUCAACUCCUACCAGCCCUCAGCCACCAACUUUGUCAGAGAAAUAUCGUCAUUUGUUAAUUCCAAACCCAACUUUAUCUCUACCAUCAAAAUACAAUCUUCUCAAAAGUCUGUUCGAUGCGACAGAAAUGAUUGUCUCAAUACUCCACAAUCGCAAAGAAGACUGCUAUUUUGACAAAUUAGUUCCAUCUGUCGAAAGACUCACCAGAAAGUGA